AUGUCAUCUACGACCACAUCCCUCAAGCCUUUCAGUGUCGCGAUCAUCGGCGGAGGCAUCGGUGGCCUUUGCACUGCCAUCGCCUUGCUCAAAUACCCUCACAUCGACGUCCAAGUCUAUGAGGCUGCUCCAACUUUUGGGGAAAUCGGCGCUGGUGUCGGCAUCGCACCUAAUGCUCAACAAGCUUUGGAGCUCAUAGCGCCAGAGGCUAGAGCUGCUUACGACAAACAUGCGACCGGCAACAUGUGGCCGAAGCAUGCUAAGACGAUGGCGAACUAUGUUGGCGAAGGCGAACAUGAAGGCGAGCUCAUCCACGCUCAACUCAAUGCUUCCGGCCAGCAAAGCGUGCACCGUGCGCACUUCCUCAAUGAGCUUGUCAAGACCGUUCCUUCGCAACGUGCACACUUCAACAAACGCGUUGAUUUUCUGGAGGAUAAGCGAAGCGCUCCCGUUGUCGUUCAUUUCAAAGAUGGUACAACGGCUAUCGCGGACGCGGUCAUUGGUGCCGACGGUGUUCAUAGCGCUGUCCGUGCACACUUGCUGGGCAAGGAAGCUGCGAAGCCUGUCUUCGCGGGGUCGGUUGCAUACAGGGCUCUAGUACCAAUGGGCAAAGCGGUGGAAAAGCUAGGGGAGGAGUUUGCGGGGAAUGCCUUUUUUCUGUGCGGAAGAGGUAGGGUUCCGAUCUUUCUUUCAAUCUCAAGUUUCAGCGUGUUUGGAGAAGCAGUAGCUCAUGAGAGUAAAGGCAAGGCUUCAUUCAGCUAUCCCAUUGACGGCGGCUCCCUCCUGAACGUCGUUAUCUUUGAUUUUGAACAAGAAACCUGGGAACACGAGAAGUGGGUUCUACCCGCCGAUCCGGAAGCCUUGAGAAGAAUGUUCAAUACUUGGGGCGCUUCGUCUCGGGCUCUCGUCGAACUCCUUCUAGCCACCCACGAACCAUCUGUCUGGGCUAUGUGGGAUCAUGGCCCAGCAUCGACCUACACGAAAGGCCGCAUCGCAAUAAUGGGCGAUGCAGCCCACGCGACCACGCCUUACCAAGGCCAAGGUGCGGGUCAAGCGAUUGAGGAUGCGCUCGUUCUAGCAACUUUGCUCGCCGAAGUCUCCGACCCAAACAUGAUUCAGAGCGCGUUUUUGGUUUACGAUCAAGUGAGGAGGGUGAGAACGCAACGGGUAGUAUCGACCAGCCGAGACUCGGGGCAGUUAGUCGGCAUGAAGGCAGAGGGCGUUGGUAGUGACUUGGAGAAGAUGAGGGAACUAUUAAGCUUCAGGAUGCACUGGAUCUGGAAUAGAGACAUUCUGGCGCAGAAUCGGGAGGCGCUGCAACUGUUCAAGGAGAUUUUGUGA